ACCUUCACUUAAAUUGACAGCCAAAUAACUUAAAUCUUAAACUGAAAAUUAAAUUUUUUGCUUCUUAGUUUUUAUACAAGUUUUUUUUAAGUCAAUUUAUUAUCUUUUUUCAGGCAUUAUGAAAAACCACUAUUUCAAAGUUAUUACCAUAGUUAUAGGUCUCAUCUAUCCUGGAACAAUGGGAAACCCAUCAAGAAAAACCAGGAUUUUCUUCGAUUCUGAGUACCAGUGGAAAGAAAAUCUUCUGGCAAAUUGUUCUUCUGUAAAGCAUGAUACACCUGUGGAUGGAUCACAGUCAGCAGCCACAGUGGAUGUAAGCUUCCAUUUCCUUAGCAUUCUCUCCCAGUCUCAUGUGAGAAAAGAAGAAUGGAAAAUAAAACAUCUGAACCUCAGUAACGAUCUCCUAUGGAAAAUGACCUCAUGCCCUCUCACACACUUACACACUUUGGAAGUACUAGACCUCAGCAACAAUGCCAUCUGCUCCAUCUCUUUACAUCUGCUCAAGACUCACUCUUCACAGCAGAAGUACCACAGAUGGAGCUUCCAAAAUGGACUUCCGUUUCUAAAGGUGCUACUUCUUCAAAGAAAUAAACUCAGUGACACUCCCAAAGGGCUGUGGAAACUGAAGUCAUUGCAGAAUUUGGAUCUGUCAUUCAACGAAAUACUGCAAAUUGGGUUGUCUGAUUUUCAUAACUGCUUGCAACUGGAGAACAUCUAUUUAAAGAGCAACAAGAUUUUUAAAAUUCACCCAGAAGCCUUUAAGGACCUCAAAAAAUUACAGGUUGUAGACCUCAGUAACAAUGCUCUAACCACCAUCCUACCAAUGAUGAUCAUUGCUCUAGAAUUUCCUCAUCUAGAGGUUGACUUGGGUGAUAACAAAUGGCAAUGUGAUGAUAGCAUGGGGGUCUUCUAUACUUCCAUUUCUGAAUCUUGGAGAGAAAAGUGGGAUAUAAUUUGCAACAAGUCUGAAGGCAACAAAGAGGCAUAUUCAGAGACUCCCAAAAGCAGAAUUUCCAGGGAGACGCACCUUCUUCAGACUAAUCUGAAACACAUGAAAAGCCUCAUAAGGAGCAAAGCAGAGAGGGCGGGAGAAGGAUUGUAUUUGCACUUUUCUCCUGUGGGAAUGGAGGUGCAUGCUGGCUCUCAUCUCAGAGAGAUACAGGCACAACGGCCAAGACAGGGCAGAAACACCCAGGAUGAGCAAGCCACUGACAGAAAGGACAAUGAUUCCCCAGACCUCACCUUGGCCGUUUGUCUAUCUGUGUUCAUCACAUUCAUAGUGGCUUUCUUUCUCGGGGCUUUCACCAGGCCCUGCAUUGACAGACUGUGGCAACAAAGAUGUGGUAACAAAAACCCUGGUUCCAACAACACCUAUUCAAAUGAGGGCUUCUAUGACGAAUUUGAAGCUGCAGGCAGCAUACAGCACCCAAGGACAGAUCUGCGCCAAGCUUUCCACCAUCAAAUUCUCUAUGAGAACCAGAACUCUUCCUGGGUGACAAAGCCAAACCUGCAUGCCUCCAUCAUUCCUGAUGAGACUCUAGGAAAUAGUAGAAAGGAGCCUAGUAGUUGGCAGAGCUCAGAGCAAUGUGGAGACAAAAUCAGGGCAGGAAGUAGAAAUGACAAUGGGCUUUCAAAUGGCCAUGCAGCCCAUUCCACUCUCCACAGGCAUCCAAAGGCUGAUGAUCAUGAACUAAUUUCAGCAGCACAAGACCACACGUAUAGCAAUGAUAUUCUCAGGGAAUUAAUUUAUGACUCUGUGGCCCAGGAAUAUUCUCUCCCUGAGCACUCAGUGGGUGUCUCUUCUGUAGCUGGUACAUUUCAAACUGUCUCUGACUCCACCUAUAAUGAUUUAAAUGAAUUAGACCCAUCACACUUAAGAGAAGUGGCAGCUGUCCUCUCCAAAAUGCCAACACAUUCAAAUGCACAGGGUGCUAUAGAGAGUAAGGAAAGAGGGCACCCUGAACACUCACCUUUGGAAACCACCAGCUCACAGGUGGAAUUUUCCAAGGAAAUGCAGGUGAGAAAUUUCAUCAGCUCACAGGGUGCACAGCAGCCAAGGCUCCAGGAAGGUGGAGAAGAGCUUCCAGCUUCCUGCAGUACAGUCCUGCAUGGUGACCCCGGAGCUGCAGACCCAUCCACCCUUCCACCAAGUUGGCACAGUGAUUUCCACGUCACUCCUGCUACUGAGGAGCCAGUGCAGAAAGAUGCUACUUCUGACUUUCAGUACAACUUGGAGAUGGACUAUGAUUCUGAUGAAGGGUCUUUGUUUACCCUCAGUUCAGAGGAGUCAGAGGGUAGAAGGAGUGUGACUGAAGAAGAGGCACAUGGUGAAGACAAUGGCGGAACCAGCCAGCCUCUUCAGGUAGAAGACUUAGGGGAACACAAGGACACUGUGAAAUCAGUGGAAAGUCUUGACGACAACAUCACCUUGCAAAGGAUUCUGGGGACAUACGAAACUCUAGAAGAUCACUUUGGAAAACCUCUCAUUUCUGGUCCAGACUCUGGUUUGUAUGAGACUCGCCUGGAAAAUGCCUCUAACACCAGUGACGCCGAGGGCCCUUUGGUCUGGCCCAGGUUCCUGGGCAAUAGGCCUUUAAGUGAUGAGGCUUCAGGGGUAACUGUUUAUGAUUAUGACAAAAGUCUUCAACCCGGGGCAGUGGAAUGGCAUAACUCACUGAGAGACCUACUGUUUUCAAACAUGGACAUUUUGCCACCGACACCACCACAUUCUGCUGAAGAUCCCUCAGAUCCUGAGGAGACUGCCACAGAAAGGACUUAGACAUUUUUAAAUAUGAACCUUUCAUUCAGGGACUAAAUGUUCCUCAGAAGGAUAGUGCUUCAAGAUCAAUAGAGAGGAAAACUGAAGACCCCCACAGCAAGAUUCUCAAGGGAGGACCUAGAUUCCAACCAGGUGGACACUGAUGUAAAUGAGUUUAUAUAUUACUAGAGAACUGACUAUGAUUCUAGAAAUUCCAAGCACUGUUGUUAGAAUCCUGGGGUGGUGAGCUGACCUGUCUGGGUGGGGCAAUAUUUUGAAGACGGUUUUAAGAACCAAGUGCUAUCAUUAUAAGAGCUUACAAAUAAACUCAGUUCACUAAAACACAGAGAACUUCAGUGAUAAUAAAUGAAGGUAAAUAUUCAAGGGAGAAUCUAUUGCAGGAAGAAAAAGAGGAUUCUUUUAUGCUCAAACGAGGUCCAGAGAGAUCUGAUGGGAGUUGGCUGUGUAUGUGAAAAACAGCUCCACUGUGACAAAGACGUUCAAUUUGAGUGUCAAAGAGAAUUCAAAUGACAUUUUUAGUAUCUAUUGAAGCACUUACGUGACAAUGCUGAAAAGAGUUUAAUGAAUUCUUCAUAAAGACUAGCACUACUUUUUGGAGAUUGAUCAUGAGA